AUGAGAUUCAAUCCUCGUCGAAAGAGCUCAGGCAAUGGAGCCUUCCUGAUCUCCAACCGACAGUCUCAGUCUGCCACAGACGUGGGCCAAACACUUCCUCCACGACCUCGCAACCCAGUCUUGUACCGACUGCACAAAUUCCGGACCGUGCUGCUACCAAUCCUUCUCGUCUUCGCCUUCAGCACGUUGAUUCUGGCGGCCAUCUACGCAUAUUGUGUGGCGAAGCCUCAUACAGACAUCGCGGACCGUCUGGCUACGGACGCCGACGCUGAAGCCAAUUCUUCGAUAUUCGGCAAACGGGAGACGACACCCGAUGCAUCCAUCUCGCUAUCAAACACAGCGCCCACGACAAGUGAUGCGUCAAUUCGUGCAGCUGAAACCCAGCCCGAAACUGCUCUUCUGUUUUAUGCUCUUACCGUCCCGAGUCUUUCUCUGAUCCACCUCGCCCUGGAGCUCAUCAUCCACCACAAUACGCCUCGACUGCUCUCCCUUCGCCAGGCCUACAUCGCCCUGCUUGCCACUUCCUCCCUCCUAAUCUGUGGCUGGAUCACCUCCCUCUCCUUCUGGAUGCACUGCGAACUCCCCAUUUUCAACCAGAAGAUAUCCAGUCAGGCUGUCUGUCCCGUGCAGGUGCGGGGCCACUUUAUGUACGGCAUUCAUGAAGUCAGCAUUGCAAGGAUCAUCCUGGGUUGGAUUGCCGUCAUGAUGUACGUGGGCCAUGUGGUGGUGGUGAGCAUGGGUUACCGAUCACAGAGGAGGAUCUGGCGGAUCGUCGGACCUCGAAAAGGAGACGACGACGUGGACAUGACACACGGAGAGGCCAGGGUUGUCGUGGUCAAGUUCGGGGAUGAUGUCAAAGACGGCGAUUGA